AUGGGCUUCAAGUCGGGCGAUGCUAAGAAGGGUGCGAACCUCUUCAAGACGCGGUGCGCGCAGUGCCACACCCUCGAGAAAGACGGCGGCAACAAGAUCGGCCCCGCGCUCCACGGCCUCUUCGGCCGCAAGACCGGCUCCGUCGACGGCUACGCAUACACGGAUGCCAACAAGCAGAAGGGCAUUACCUGGAACGAGGACACUCUGUUCGACUACCUUGAGAACCCCAAGAAGUUCAUCCCCGGAACCAAGAUGGCUUUCGGCGGCCUGAAGAAGGACAAGGACAGGAACGAUCUCAUUACCUUCCUGAAGGAGUCGACCAAAUAG